UAUGACGACGAGGAUCCUGUGGGUGCUCAAAUUCUUAUAUGGCACUCUUGUAAAAUCUGGGAGAUAUGCUUCUUUUAGACCUUUGGUGGGUCUGUGUUUUUGGGAAGUACCUGGGGAAUUUCUGCUUCACUAGGCCCCUCGGACUAGUUUAUUAUUGAACUGCUGAUUAAACAAUGUUUGUGUAGCUCAGUGAGAGAGAGAGUCAUCCUUGUAGUCUUAAGGAAACUACACUUUGUGUUUUAGCUAUGUGUGCAUAUUGAAGCCAUGCAUGUUUCACAUGAAAAGCAGUGGAAACUCUUCAUGCUUAACCCAUCUCCUCCAUUCGACCAAAAAGAAAAGCUAUCUCCUCCAUCACGCAAGCGCAGAGUUGAUGAUGAUAUAUAAAUCACAGACAUUAUCUAAUCAUCAUACGUAUCUUUAUAUACAGCAUUUGGAGUAGGUAUGUUAGGAAUAUCUUGGGAAAGCAACUUUGAUGACCUUCAGUUGAUUCCUUACGGUUCAUGUCCAUCAUCAAUUUCUCCAAAGCUGAUGCGAAGAUUCUUAUGAUUUCCUCACAGGUCUCGGUUGCGCUUAUCUGGGGCUGGUUUGCCAAAGUUGGUAGGUUCGAUUCAAGGUCUCUAGACAGCUUGCACCCUUGAAGAAUUACAAACUUGGCCUGAUCUUCCAUAAUUUGGUUGAACUCUGGGAUUGUCUUGCUCUAUUGGUCAGCACAAAUAGAGCAUUUGGACAUUAUUACAACUGCAUGCUCCAGAGGACAUAUAAACUAAUGGGGUGUUGAUUUCCAUGUUGCUGAACCACAUUAUUUGGCGCUUAAUGUUUCAAUAAAAAUUAGGAGGAUUACGUUGUUUUAUUGCAUAUUAAUGUAAAAUUCGAAGCCUUAUAGGAUAUCGGACGAUUGUAAAACAAGUUCCAGUGGAAACAGGGUUGAUCCUAGAACCGGACCAAACAGGGUGGUUCUAAAAUAUGGUCUAGUACAAACAGGGUUUGGUAUAAGGUCCAAUAAAGAAGAACCGAUUAUAACAAGGUCAGUACAGGGUCCAUGUUUGGAACCUACCCAUCCUGGACCCGAUUACCCCUAGAAAACACAGCUUCAAAUCUUUAGCUCACAAUCAUUGCCGAUUACUAAACUCCAUCAUCCAAUGGCUUCUUCAUUGAAACCCAAAAAGAUUUAUGACGUCUUCUUAAGUUUCAGAGGGGCAGAACUGCGUCUCAACUUCAUCGGCCAUCUCUACCAAGCUUUAAUCCGGGAUGGAAUACACACUUUUAGGGAUAGCGAAGAACUGGAAAAGGGUGACCAGAUAUCGCCGAUGCUUAUGGAGGCCAUUGAAGAAUCGCACAUCGCAGUCAUCGUUUUCUCCAAGGACUACGCUUCUUCAGGGUGGUGCUUAGAAGAGGUGGCAAAGAUUAUGGAGUGCGAGGAGCAAGGGAACCUCACUGUUCUGCCCGUGUUUUAUAAAGUGGACCCAAAAGAAGUGAGAGAGGGAAGAGAGAGUUAUCAAAGAGCUCUAGACAAGCACGAGUCCAAGUUCGGGAAGGAUUCGGACAAAGUGAAGAGAUGGAAGGAAGCUCUUUUCAACGCCGGUAGCUUGUCCGGAUGGCAUUUGAAUGAUGAACUUGGUCGCAAGAAAGUUCUCCUCAUCCUUGAUGAUGUGGAUGACCUGCGCCAGUUAAAUGCUUUAGCAGGAGAAGGCAAGUGGUUUGGUAAUGGGAGUAGGAUCAUCAUUACCACAAGAGAUAAACAAUUGCUAACUUGUCAGGGGAUAUAUCAAGAUCAUGUGUAUGAAGUUAAAGUACUAGAGGACAGUCAAGCUCGUGAGCUGCUGAGUAAGCACACUUCUCAGAUGCACCAAAUCAGAAUAGAUCUAGUAAAUGGGGCUCUGAAUUAUGCUAAAGGUCUUCCUUUAGCACUUGAAGUGUUGGGUUCCUUAUUAUGUGGUGGAACAGAAGAUGUAUGGAAAAGUACACUAAUAAAACUUUCCAGGAGUCCUGACAAAACCAUCAAUAAUGUGCUCAAAAUUAGUUAUGAGGGAUUAGAUGUAAAUGAGAAAGAAAUCUUUCUCCACAUUGCCUGCUUCUUUAGGGGGUGGACAAGACAGUAUACAAAGAAAAUUCUCCAAAGUUGUGAUCUUGAGACAGCUGCAGGAUUUGAAAUUCUUGUUAAAAGGUCCUUGAUAAAAAUUGAGUUUGACAUCCUAGAAAUGCAUGACUUAAUUCAAUUGAUGGGUAAGGAUAUUGUGAACCAAGAAUGUCGCGAAGAUCCCAGAAGACGCAGCAGACUAUGGUUGUAUGAUGAUGUUGACGAGGUUCUGUCACAUGACAAGGAAGAUUGUGCUGUAAAAGCCAUAGUGUUGAGGCUACCUGAGUGGACAGAGAUGUGUAUCCAUCCUGAUGCUUUUACAAAAAUGAGAAGGUUGAGAUUGCUCAUCUUGCACAACCUGCAGGAUUCUUUCAGAGGUCCUUUAUGUCUUCCUGAGGGGCUUAAAUGGUUUGAAUGGCCUGGAUGUGCUUGCCGGAGUAUAGAAUAUUCCCCUGGUUCAAUGAAAUUAGUGGGAAUUGAUAUGAGCAAAGCCAAUUUCGGAGUAGUGCUUGAACAAUUUAAGGACUUCCAACAAUUGAAGUACAUUAAUUUCAGCUAUUGCGAGUCCCUAAUUCAUAUCCCUGACCUCUCAUGUACUCCACAUCUCGAGAAAUUGGUUCUCUCUUGUUGUGAAAACAUGGUAGAAGCCCAUGAGUCGAUUGCAUAUCUUAAGAAGUUACGGGAGUUGACUUUAGAUGGGUGCUCUCAACUUAGUGUUUUUCCAAAUGUGCUCAAGACAAAAAGACUCCGGCAUCUUUAUCUUAGAGAUUGUAAAAAUUUGGAAAGGUUCCCUGAUAUUCCACAUAAACUUGAAAGGCUGAUAGGUCUUUCAUUAAGAGGGACUGCUAUUAAAGAACUUCCAUCAUCAAUAGAAAAUCUUGUUUCUUUGAAGAGAUUGAGCUUAACUGAUUGCAAGGAUCUGGUAAGUCUUCCGUCUAGUAUAUACGGGUUACAUAACUUGGAAGAGCUGCAUCUUCUCGGUUGCAUAUCCUUCAUUGGGUUUCCAAAGUACGAUGAUUCUGCUGAUCCAUCUAGGAAGAUCAGACUUUCGAGUUUAAAAUAUUUAGGCCUCAGUGAAACUAGUCUGACUGAAUUGGAGUUUCUCGAGAAUCCUUCCUGUUGUCCCAAAUUGAGGCUCGAAGAAAGUCCAUCUCUUUCAUUCUGA